ACUUAACCCAGGCCGUCGUCCCUCACAAGGAUAUCAGGGAAUGGUUGGAUGCCCUCGGAUUGAUGCAAUACGAUAAGGUAUUUGAUGAUGUCAAAGGCGUUGAAGAUUUACUUAAUCACUCAGAAGCCGAUCUUACUGAAUUGGGAAUUAAAAAUUCGGCUCAUAGAGCAGCUAUGGCUAGCAGUUUGGUUAUACUUAAAGCGAAAUUGGAACGAGGAAACAACAAUUACAAAAAACAUAUGCACAUGAGGCACAGUGUAGCGCUAGAUGAUGGAUCCAAGAAAAAUGUGCGUUCUGAAAUUACUCCAAACUGCGACACCAAACAAACCAAGAGUUUAUGCAAUCUUAUUAUGGAUACCCCCGUUGAGAAGACUCAAUCAAGUCCUAGAGAAUUGCGAAUUGCCCUGGAACAAGAGCUAUCACUCGACGCCAGAGACCUAAGAUCACAUGGCUGGUACCAUGGACCAAUACCCAGAGCUCGAGCAGAACGACUUCUGGUCAACGAUGGCGAUUUCCUGGUCAGAGAUUGUUCAUCUCAGCCAGGGGACUAUGUGCUGAGUUGUAAAUCGAAGGGCACGCCUUUGCACUUCGUCAUUAAUAAGGUACUUCUACAACCAGAAACAGUCUACGAACGACUUCAAUAUCGAUUCGAAGAUGAUGCUUACGACACAGUUCCUGAUCUCAUUACUUACUAUGUCGGAUCAGGAACACACAUCACGUCCGCCUCGGGAGCAAGGAUUCAAUUUCCCUGCAACAGGACUCAACCUUUGUCACAUUAUAGUACACAAUACACAGGUGUUAUGGGCCCUUUACCAGGGGUGAAUCCGUAUACUAACAGGCAUUGUGGUCAACCUCCAAGGUUGCCCAUGAAGAAACAAAGAGACCAUGAAAAGGCAAAUUCUGCGGAUGGAAUCAUUCGAGCCACCGGAGGCGAAUCCUUUAAUACACAUUCCUUACCAAGAUCUCGAGCUUCAAGAUCUCCGAGACUUGAUAGAAGAAAAUUUGAAGUGCCGGAUGAAUGCGAUGAGAUUUAUGGAGAAGCUCCUCCAAAACCAUGCAGGAUGCCAACUUCAUCUUUACCGCCUAGAGCAUCAAAUUAUCAGGCAUCCGGAUCUGAUUCAGGAAAUGGCAGUGGAGAUUCUGCACAAAGUUCAGCUACUGGCGAUUCUGCUUUAGAUCCAAAUCACAGAAACAGUGGAGUUGUCAUAAAAAAUCCACAUUAUAUAGUAAGUUCGGCGUCAAGUACAACUCUCAAAAAUUUUGUUGAAUUUGACGCGGCAGCAGCAGAAGAAAGAUUAGCAAAAUCACCUACACCUGAAUUACGCUGUGAUAGCAGAUUUGAUGUAGAAAGUUUCCAUACCCUAUUAUUACCAGCAACGGAAAACAAACCUCUGGAUGUGAAUGCCUUACGUAGUGUACUAGAUAUGCUAGUGGAGACGGGAUCUAGAAUAAUAGCCAAUUAUUUGACUAAAGUGGAUAUAGAUUUUAUGUUAGGAGUACAAGAAGAUAACAAAGAGAAUAUAUACCUGGACGCUUUGAGACUUCAAUCUGGAUUAGAGUUAAUUUGUCUACCUCAUGGACAUCAGUUUAGACUAGAUUUGAUAGAAAGGACGGAAUGCUUAAAGUUGAUGGUAGCAGUUACAAUAUUAACGUGUGCUUCAGAUCUCGAACGUGCUGCGAUUUUACAUAAAUGGAUUCAAAUUGCCAUUGAUACGAAAACCGCACUUGGAAAUCUCUAUGGUUUUUGUGGAAUUAUGCUUGGAUUAUCUUUGCCACAGAUUCAAAAAUUAGAAAAAUCAUGGCAUAUUCUGAGACAAAGACAUACGGACAGUGCCUUUCAAUUUGAAGCUAAAUUGAGGCCUACAUUAAAAGCAAUGAAUGAAGGCCAUAAUCCUCAGGCUCCCAAUACGACAAUACCUCAUGUACUGCCUAUCGCACUGUUGAUGGAACGCGAUCUCGAUGAUUUUCAAGUUGCGAUUAAUAGUACUGGUUUUGCGAAUAGCUGCUUAGCUAGUUGGGAACAAAAUUCUACAGAUUUUGGAUUAACCACCUUAAUUCAGCACAUGCAGGCUGCAAGAUCUUUUGCGCCUAGUGUUGCCACUUUUAGGCGAAUUGCUAACAGCGUCCUACAAGAAAUCGCCGAAGAAGACAUCUCUUGUGACGCUUUCAGGACUGAGUUUCAUCAGAAGUUCCUCUGGGGUAGCAAAGGAGCUACUUUGAGUGCAGAAGAAAGGCACUCGAAAUUUGAUCAAAUUCUCACAAUCAUGUCAGAUAAAUGUAUCAGGGAUAUAGCACCGAAUUCAGCAAGUUCGCAAUAAAUAGUUAUCACCAAAAAAUCUGAAAUAGACAAUACGCACAUCGUCAACUUAGAUAUAUAAAUUAGUUAUGGAUAACAAACACAACUAGUGCAUUUCUAAUGAAAUAUUUAUAC